AUGCAGAUGAUUGGCAAACACGCGCGGGUGAGACGUGACUUCUCACGCGCCACAGGUCAAAACACAGGGGGUCCAAAAAGGGCAAAAGACAAGAACCAUAAGAAGAAUGAGGAGAAAGAUGAGAAAGUAGCACCUCCUCCGCACCUUAUGCCUCGCAACCCAGCUUAUUUGGAGAGUGAAAAGGCCAAACCCGUGAAAGUUCCCGCGGAGCCGGACGAGGACGAAGGUUUGCCGGUGCAUUGGGACUGGAGAAACUACCAAGGAAUCAUCAGCAACGUAUUGGAUCAAGGUUUAGAAGCCAUUUGUUGGUCCAUCACCUACGUCAGAGCGAUCGAAGCCCUCUUCAACAUCAACAGACCGACCGCUGAGCAAAAGUCCUUUUCGAUCCAGCACCUGGUGAAUCGUGUGAAUUACGGUAAAACGGGCGUGAAGGAGGUGGAGUCAGCUCUAUCUUGCCUCAAGAACAAAGGAGUUGUGCACGAGGCUGAUUGCUCUUACCGAGGGUUUUCGUCGGUCUGCCCACACGAUGAAAAUGUUAGGACCGAGACCAUUGACGAUUUCGUUGUCAUAUCCAAAGUUGACGACGUCAUUCUCCAAAGACUUGUAAGGAGAUCCCCGGUCGUUGGAUCUAUCGCAAUGUCAUGGGACCGUAAAAAACGCAGCAUCGGUAUCUUUAGAGGAGAUAAAAACGAAAAAAACCUUCACGCCGUACUAAUCAUCGGGUACGGGAUAGACGAGAACGGCCAGCUCUAUUGGCUUGUACAGAGUUCGUGGGGAACUACGUGGGCGGACAAUGGAUUCGGACGUAUCGAGCGUAAGAAAAACGCAACGGACCAAUCAUUGUUCGCAGAGAUCUAUUAUCCCGUGAAAGCGGGCUAUCCUCAAAAACCCAAGAAGCGAAGGAACUGA